UCAGGUCGUCCCUCUUCCCGGUCGGAGCCUCCCUGCAGUUUUAUCUUUUUGGCCUUCACCAACCGACGCUCUCUUUUUUCUUUCUCUCUAAAUUUCAGAGCCAGAUUAUAAUUACCGGAAAAUUAAUCAAACCAGUUUGUUGAUGGAAUAUAAAUUUUGACCUCAUCUUCUUCUUCGUCUUCUCAGUCUCGUCCUCUCUUCUCAGAGGAAGGAGUCUGCGGUUUCUAGGGUUUUGGCGCCGCUUGAUUUGGUUCAGGUACCGUUUCGUCGUGAAUAGGGAGCCGAGCUAGGGUUUCGUUUUCAGGUACUGUGUUGAGCUAUGGGUGAUAUGCUUUUGGUGUGAGAUGGCUUCUAACGAAGGAUCGAUUUUCGUGGAGGAGCCUCUGUGCGAGUUGGAGCAGCAGAUGGGCUCGGAGAGCUUGGUGGAGAGUGUUUCCGAGCAGCGAAACUGCUCAGAGGUUCAGCUUUUGGCUGAUCCUAAUGUGGAUUCUACUGGUGCGGCGGAUCGGUCUCCGGAGUUAUGUAGGAGUGACAAUGCUGGUUGUGUGAGCUGUAGUGAGGGUAUGGAGUUGGGUACUGUGGAUAGAGAGGGUGUGGAGGGCAGGCGUGAGAGUACGAGUGUUCCGGAGCCGGAAGAUUUUUUGAACAGUGAGUUUGGGGGCGGUAGGUGCGGCUUGGAUGAGAAUCAGGAUGAUAAGGAUGGUUGUUGUGAUAUUGAUAGUGGAGGGAUGCAGUUGAAGGAAGGCAACUGGUGUCGUGCGGUAGGCUUUGCUGGUUCAUUUGUUGAUUGUGAAGUGCCCUCGGAAGUCAAACCUUCUGCCGGGUCGCCAGGAAAUGAUAUUGAACAGGAUGAGCACAUGGAUGAAAAAGGUGUUCAGUUUUCAACUGCCAAUCGUGAAGUGCCCUUGAGAGUCAUACCUGCUGCAGGGUCACCAGGAAAUGGUAUUCAAUUGGAUGAGCGCAGGGAUGAUAAAAGUGUUAAUUGUCUCUCUUCCGAAGGGGUGGUGGAUGUUCUGGAAAAGCAAGGUGAAUUGCCCUUGAAAUUUGUAGAAGUAGAUGUUUCUAGGGAAUACAACAUAUUUUCUCGUAACUCACUGGAAGCUACUGACGAGAAAAGUGUUGUUUUGGCUGGAGUAGAAUGUGGUGCUUUGUGCAAUAGGAUAUCACCUGCACGGGAUAGUCAAAUACCUUCAGAUGUAUCAAACUGUAAUUGGAACGGCGAACAUAUUGCUGAUAAUGGUGUCAAUGGUGUAAGUGACCUCUCUACGGAAAAGUCUAUAGAGGUUUUUGAGGCACACAACCAAAUAUUGCCUUCACUGAGUUUUCAAAGGUCUGAAAAAGAUUUUCAUAUGCCUAAUUCAGAGAGUAAAUUUGGCCAGCAGGGUGAUGCAAGGAGUAAUAAUACAAUUGAUGGUUCCUUGGCUGAUUGGGCUACAGUAUUCAUGGAAGAGAAAAGCAAAUAUUUGACGGAUAAGGAGGUCGAAAAUCACACCCAGAUAUCGCCUGUUAAAGCUAGUGUCUCCUGCAUGAAGGAAAGUUCCUCCAAUGUACCUCCCGACUGCAUUGUUGAGAAUUCUGUUCCUCUGCAGUCGUGUGACACCUUCUGUAUUGGUAAUAGUAGUGUUGAUGGACUUCAUGAUGUUACAGUUGCAGAGGUUGUUGACAUGAAAAACAAUAUUGUUGGUGCGUGCAAUCAAGCAUUGUCACCAGAUUUACUGAGUGUUUGCACCCAAGAGAAUGAUCCGAAUAGUGAUAAGGGUAAAGAAUGUGUGGAACAGUAUGUAGAUUGUAUGACUGACGUUGAUGGUACUACUGAUAUGAGGGUUGAUACUGACACUCAGAUAUCACUGAAAGAGGAAAAGGCCUCCAAUCUCACUGAUGAUUCUGCUGGAUUAGUUUCCAACAGUACUAUUGAGAAAGAUGUUCCUCUACAGCUGCAUCAACCUCUUGAUAUUGUCAGUAAUGACUCUUCUAAGACAGUCAAUGUUCCAGAUGUCAAUGAUUCUUCUGAUCAUGUUGAAUCUAAUAAUUCAUUGGACCAUUAUGGGCUGAUGAAUCAUGGAGGAAAUAGAAGUUUUAAAGUUGAUUAUUUGUCUAGGACCGACUUUUCUGGAAUUAUCGCAUUGCCUGCUCAAAGGAGUGGCCGCAGCCGCAAGACUCCAACAAAAAAGGAUCAGAGGAAAAGAAGGAGUGCAUCUAAAGUUUUCCAACCCCUUGGAAGUGUUGAAAAUGUUUUCAAGGGUGCUGGAAGGAAGAGAACUUGCCUUUCCAAACCACCUCGUUCUUCUACCUGGGGAUUAUUGGGAAGUGUUACUCAAUGCUUUGAGGAGAGUAAUGGGCUUCAGGUCCAUCUGGUUUAUCAAGGUCAGAAUGAAGGAUCACCGAGAGGAAGGGGUGGUCGGAGAAGUGGAAAAGAGAAGCAAAGUGGGGCUAGUGGAAAUUUAGUUGGGUCGAAGGGACCUUUAACCAAUCAUGUUCGUUUGAAGGUUAAGUUUGGGAAUCAAGUCGAUAAUGUACUUUAUACUAAAGCACCUGAGAUUGUUGAUACCUCAGCAUUUGCAAAUUCCAUUCAAAUAGAGAAUGUUGUUGAAGAUAAUUGGAGACAAGAAGAUACUGUUAGGAAGUGUCAGCAUUCAAACAAGAAAGUAGAGAAGGAAGAAACUUUCCAGGAUGGAGAACUGGCUAAUAAGGAGUUGGACAGUGUUUCUGUCACAGAAUAUUCCGCUGAAGAUGGGAUACAGAAAUGUGGUGGGGUUGCUUCCCAUGCAAUUGCUGUAUCAUCAGGAGGAUCAGUUGGAAGUAGUUAUAGGGACCCUGGAACUUCACCUGACUCUGAAGUUAUCAAUUUAAUUCCAGAAGUACAUGGGGAGGCAAGGCCACAAGAAUAUUCUCAUGGUACUGUAUUCACUUCAGAAAAAGUUUUAUCUGCCUCUGGAGACACUAUUAGCAGUAAGGGAAUUUAUGGAAAUUGUAUACAGGAAGAUGGUUCACUAUCUCCAAGCCCAGGUAGCACAAUGAAAGCAAAACUAUCAAAUCUUGAUGGAUGCGGACAGAAUGGUAGUCAAGAUUUUUGCUCGGGCGAGGCUUUCUCUUCAUCCCCAGUGGCAAAGGCUUCAAGUAACUCAUCAAAUGACAAGGAAUUUUCUUUGGAACCCCUGUGCUUGUCAGGAGAAAGUGACCAUGGAGUUUCCAGUGAGGCUCUGAAAGUGGAAACAGGUUGCAAUCUAGAUGUGGUCAUAGGUUUACGUUGUUCCAAGAAUAUGCGUCCUUCCUCUAACACAAAAGGGGAGAAGCCUCCCAAGUGCAAAUCUAGAAGUUCUGACUCAGCGAGCAAGAGAAGUAAUACUCAUAAACCAAGGGAAAAUGAGCACAAGUCUGCCAAUAAGAGAAAAGUCAAGGAGGACAAACAUCUUGCACAAAAGUUGGAAAGCCUCCCUGAAUCAGAGAUUUUGUUAGCAGAUGCCAACUCUAUCCCUGUUGCUGAGUGCAUAGGUGUUCCUAACUCGGACAUGGUACCUGUUGAUUUAGACAAGCACUAUGUACACCCGAGGAAUGCGUGGGUGCUCUGUGAUGCUUGUAAUAAAUGGAGGCAUAUACCAGCUGAACUUGCAGAUUUUAUAGAUGAAACAAAGUGCACAUGGACAUGUAGAGAGAAUCAGGACAGAGACUUUGCUGAUUGCUCAAUCCCACAAGAGAAGUCAAAUGCGGAGAUAAAUGCAGAGUUGGAAAUAUCUGAUGCUUCAGGUGAAGAAGAUGCUUCUGACACUCAAUUACAUUAUAAAACAUUGGAAUGCCGUCGUCCAUUGGUUUCUCAACAGAAUGUUGCAUCUAUUAAAACCAAUCAGUUCCUUCACCGUAAUCGAAAAAAUCAGAGUAUUGAUGAGAUAAUGGUUUGCCAUUGCAAACCACCUAAAGAAGGCCAGUUGGGCUGUGGAGAAGAUUGCCUGAAUCGAAUGCUUAACAUCGAGUGUGUUCGAGGAACCUGUCCCUGUGGAGAUCUUUGUUCAAAUCAACAGUUUCAAAAACGUCGGUAUUCCAAACUAGAGAAGUUUCGGUCUGAGAAAAAGGGAUUUGGGCUCAGAUCUCUUGAAUUCAUAUGUAAAGGCCAGUUUCUAAUUGAAUAUGUUGGUGAGGUGCUUGAUGCCCAUGCUUAUGAGGCUCGACAAAAAGAGUAUGCAGUGAAGGGUCACAGACAUUUCUAUUUCAUGACACUGAAUACCAGUGAGGUAAUUGAUGCAUGUGCUAAAGGAAAUCUGGGACGCUUCAUCAACCAUAGUUGUGACCCAAAUUGUCGCACGGAGAAGUGGAUGGUGAAUGGAGAGGUCUGUAUAGGACUAUUUGCAUUAAGAGAUAUAAAGAAGGGAGAAGAGGUGACGUUUGAUUACAACUUUGUAAGGGUGAUUGGAGCUGCUGCAAAGAAAUGUUAUUGUGGUUCACCUCUGUGUCAGGGUUACAUAGGUGGUGAUCCUCUUAAUACUGAAAUCAUUGUUCAAGAUGAUUCAGAUGAAGAAUAUGUGGAGCCUGUGAUGAUUUCGGAAGAUGGUGUUGUGGAAUAUAGUCGGGACAGUGUGGUGGCCAGAACAGAGGAGAUUACCACACACACACAGGAGCCCAAGAACCAAUAUUCAUUGGAAUUGCAGCACUCGUUGCCAUCUUUUGUCCAACCAGUUGAAGUGGUCCAACAAAUAGAAGAUGUAAAUAAUAGAGCCAUGCCUGCUGUUUUCCCAGAAGUUUUCAGGGAAAAGGAGACUGCCGAAAAAUCCUCAAACUCCUUAGAAAGACCAAAGAGUACUUCUCCAGUAAAAGUGGUCAGCAAAAGAUCUGAUGAUAGUGAUGCUAACAAAAAGGUCAACACUCUCGAGGAUGAGCAGCCUUCCACUAAAGUGCAUCAGAAUGUGAAAACUUCAUCUUCAUCCAGUUUUGUGAAGAAAGGGAAAGUUAGGAGUACUCCUUUAAUUUCGAACAAAAUUCAGGUGGUACCCAAUAAAUCUCAUGUGCUACCUUUCAAACCCAAAAGAUCAAUCGAUGGAUCAGUUGAAGAAAAGCUUAACGAGCUGUUGGAUAUUGAUGGAGGGAUAAGUAAACGCAAAGAUUCAACAAAGGGCUACUUGAAACUUCUGUUCCUUACUGCACAAUCAGGUGAUAGUGGCAGUGGGGAAGCAAUCAAAAGCAACCGAGAUCUUUCAAUUAUUAUUGACGCACUUUUGAAGACAAAAUCGCGUACGGUUUUGGUUGACAUUAUUAACAAAAAUGGUUUGAGAAUGCUACACAAUAUCAUGAAGAUGUGCAGGAGAGACUUUAACAAGAUACCAAUCCUCCGAAAGCUUUUAAAGGUCCUAGAAUAUUUGGCUGAAAAGCCGCAGAUUCUUACACAGGAACAUAUUACUGGUGGUCCUCCCUGCCCAGGAAUGGAGAGCUUUACAGAGUCCAUACUAUCACUGACAGAGCAUGGUGACAAAAGGGUCCAUGACAUAGCACGCAACUUCCGAAAUAGGUGGAUUCCAAAGGCGUUCAGAAGACAUUGUUUUGUAGACAGAGAUGAUGGAAAGAUGGAAUUCAACAGGAUUUCAAGCUACAGCAGGUAUUCCACAUCACAUGAUAAUUGGCGUGAUCAAACUGAAAGAUCUACUGAAGUUGCAGAUAAUGCCAAACAAUCAGUGGUUAAAUCAUCACCUUCUGCAAGUAAAGUUAUCCAGGACGGUUCCUCUACACCUUGUACAGGUGGUUGUGCAACCACUGAGACAAAAGUUCGCAAGCGUAAAAGCCGAUGGGAUCAGCCAGCAGCGACAGUCCCUGACCCAAGUUCACAUUCAAACAAGGAACAGAAGAUCGAGUCUAAACAGCUAGAAUCUAGUCCAUUACCUCGGAUAGGGGAUGUGACAUCGUAUCCUGAAAACAAGAGCAAAGAGGGCAGAAAUUUCUGCAGCACUGUGCAUGAUUUUUCUCAGCAAGUUGGUGCGGAUAUGGUUUAUGAUGGAAAGCAAAACACCCUUGAUGAUGCUCCUCCUGGAUUUUCAUCUUGCCUCAAUACUGCCAUGGUUUCAUGUUUGUCAACAUCUUCUGUUAUAGGGCAUCCGCAGGCGAAGUUUGUGUCUCGGGUACCUGUCUCGUAUGGCAUUCCACUGUCUAUAAUGGAGCAAUAUGGGACCCCCCAUGCUGAAAUUGCUGAUACUUGGGUUGUUGCUCCUGGCAUGCCUUUCCAUCCUUUUCCACCAUUACCCCCAUGUCCCCGUGAUAAGAAAGACUCUUCUCACAACGUCAAUCAUGCCUCAGUUAACCCAACUCCAGAAGAACAACAAGAAAGCUGUGCCACUACCAAUUGCCACUCUGAAGAAAGCACUCCAAGCACAACUGGUGGCACUCAAGCAGACAUUGGUACACUGUGUGCAGACAAUCAAUUGGGUACUAAGCGAGAGAGGGAGUCCUCAUAUGAGGCCCCUUUGGGACGGAGGUACUUCAAGCAGCAAAAGUGGAAUCAUCCAAAAUCUAGGCCCCCGUGGGUUAGGGAUAGGAUUGGUUGGGGAUGUAAUGGGAACAACUUCAGAGGUGGGACAAACAACACAGGCAUAGGAAGUGUAGGAAAUGAGCUCAGAGCUCCAUAUUGUUCAGAAGACAUGAACUAUAGGGUGGAGAAAGCUGGCAAUAAUGUCAAUCAGCAUUCACAUCACCUCUAAUCCAUAUUCAUUCAUAGGAUGAGUUAUUCAUUUUCGUUAUACUUCACUGUACUCCCGAUUCUUUUGUUACCGGGUUUAUUUAAAUGAACUUUUAUUCAAUACUCAAAAAGUCUUCAAUUGAAGUUCUUAGAAGUAAAUAAUACCAGGACCUCAGAAAAAAGAUGCUCCAACCAGGUGGUGUGCUCCAUAAUUGAUGAUCCAUUGAUGAAUACCUCAG